CCGCAGGUCCUCUCUUUUUCGUUAUUCUACUCCUAUAGCUCUAGCUCUCUCAUCUGCAACCCAAACUACUUUGACUCACGCCUACUUUUCUCUGUCGUUUUGGUAUCAAAGUUGACAACUAAAUCAAUUUCAUUUUAAGCACACUUUUUGCCAGAAUUGAAUUUUAUUCAAAACCUCUUCAAAACGCACUACCUGCCCCAUGCGUGCUCGAAGGCCGCGGUUCACUACCCUACUCGCGGCCAUUUCCGCAGCGACGCAGGAACAGGCCCUCGCCCUCCAGGCCACCGUCACGAAAACGCGGGAAAGAAGAAGGACAACUACUGCCUCCCGUAGAACAACUGCUGGCACAGCAUUAUCUUCAUCAAAACCCGCCCUCCUUCACGGCCGAUCCACAGAUACAACAGCACUUUUUUCCGCCUCCUCCGUUCUAGAAACCCAGGACAAGGAGCCGGACCGCUUAGAGAAGACAACCGAUGUGGUCAGCGAGAGCCUUCUUCUUACAAAUCGGAAUGAUACAACAACAACAGACGUUCUUCCAGUGGCGGCAGAGGUGGACGAGACGCAUGAUCAAAAGGCAAAAGCCACGAUGUCGCCGCCAUCUUUACUCCAGCACGACACCAGCGCAAGGUCAUCUUCCCUCCGGCUUUCCAGUAGAGAGUUCCUUCUCACUGAUUUCGACACUUUGUUCGAAAAGCCGUUGAACCCCCGCGCAUUGGAACAGGAACAAAAUCAGGCCCUUGCUGUCGCCGCAUCCGCGAUAACAGUGGCCCUGCCGGUCCUCGGCUUGGAGGACGUACGUGGCAACCAAAAGGUCCAAUACAUCCAGAAGAUGCGAAACAGUGAAAUUGCGGUCGCGGUGAACAACGCCUGGAGCGGGGACUUGGGGAGAAGAAUGUACAGCUGGGAACCACAACCGGAGGUCGACACGCUUUUCCUCUGGGCAAGGGAUUGCACUGAUUUAGGACAAAAAACGGUUGACCAGAAGUCUUUGUCCGGGUUAGAAACGGGUUUUUUCCAAAAUGACGAGGAUUCAGGGGUUUACUUUCGCGUGAACGAGAAACUUUACGAGGCUGCGACGGGGAGGAAUUUCAAUCUUCAUCUUUCUGGAGGAAAAACUAAUGCCUACUGUCUGAAAAUCACCGACGAUCAUGGAGCCGCAGGUAAAAAUGCGAUGUUGGCCGCGUAUCCCUGCGAGAAGGUCGGCAGAAAUCUCGAAAAGUCCCAAGUUUACUUUUCCGAGCAGGAGAAAAGGUUAAUCGACCGGGAAACGGGCUCUUGCAUGAUCCCUACUGUGGACGACAACUCGAUGAACAGUGUACUACUAGUUGACCGGCGGACGGGUUUCGGGUUUACGAGGCAAGAGACGGCGUCGGAAAGUGAUACACCUUGUUCCACUUUCUCCUGGGCGGAUAACGAUCCGGAGACCAACACUGGCCGGUUGAAGCUCGACAACACCGAAAAUCUCUGCCUUUCUGUGCAGCCUUCGCCAGCGUUUUAUCGGAACACUUUGACGUUGCACACGAAAGUCCUACCUGUUCCGGGAGAGAGCGAAGCUUUAGACGAAGUUUUUCGACAAAUCGGCACAGGAGCUUCAGAUGCGGAAGUCGUGAUGGACACAAAAAAGAAUCGACGGGAGGACCAUGCACGGAAUGGCAGGACGGUACGGCAGGCGGUGUUGCUUUUGAAUUCGGAUGAUAAAACGACUUUCGAUGUAAACCUCACACCCUGCAUGCUGGCGGAAAUUUUCCAAACGCCCGUUUUGGAUAUCGACCGGCGAGCCAGACAGGCGGAAGAUUUGCUGCCGCCGGUAGUCUUGACGGAUUCUGGAACUGGUGAACUGGAGUCUUUGCAGCUUGAAGAAUCGACGAGGAAAGCUAUCUCGGAUGAAAUCACCUAUCUCUCUUCCGGCGAGAAAUGUGGCGAUGUGUGCGCCGGGGGAGAGAACAACUUCUCGAGUGGCGUUUGUGCGGCGUGUGAACCAAGGCACUCGUAUUUCAGUGGUGGUGGAACAAGCGGAACAACUUCUACGCCCGAAGUAGUAGAUGACAGCACGAUCCCGAGGGCGUAUUGCUGCAAGGAUAACGAGUGUCCACAUGGGAUGAUCGGAGGGAAAAACGAGUUUCUUUGUAUGGUCCCCUACCCGUCGAACCGCUUACCGUUUGCGGGAAUCGGAAGCGGGAGGAAGGUGUGCGGGAAGGAAAAACGGGAUUUUUUGAGCAACAAGUUCGAAUAUUCAGUCGCAGACGCGUGGAACAAGGGAGAAAUUAUUGCGGAAGAUUUGCCCGCGGAUUUCUCAGUCUCGAUUAAGCCAGCGGACAGCGUUUUCUACCUCGUGCAGCGGCGGUUGCGUGCCGGUUCGGGACACGCCGGUCAGGCGUCUAGUGGUGAGAUCUUUCGCGGUCACGCGAAAAACGGUGUUGCUGGUGAAGGUCCUCGUCCGGGCGCCGUGCCACCCCAAAGUGCUGGUGCGAGUGUGGAUCAAAACGGAAGUGGCGGAAGGCUGCAGCCGUCGCAGUGGUCUGGCGGUAGUGAAGAUGUUGGCACGACUGCGGAGGAGGGCGCGGAGGGCAAGGACCCGGCCUUGAGAACGGUGCCGACGGUCCGAAGCGACCCCGCAGAGUGCUGCUAGGCAGAGGAGCAAAUAGUCCGUGUUGUGAUCUGAUGGUCGCCGCGGGAGGACCCGAAGGUACGCGGUAGCGCGUGGCUCUGGGUGAUCUACUAGGCGCAGAUGCAGUUGAUAGAUUUUUUUGCCGACCACUUUCGUCAGGGUUAUUCUCGAUCGGAAUGUGGCAGAUGUGAGGAAGUUGUUGCCUCAUCUAGGAAAAUCCUUGUACUACUUUGUUUUCUACUCUUAGUAUCCGCUAACCAGAGUCUCAUACAUAAACAUAACACGCGAAGGGAAUUACAUUAUCCUCAUUCCCAAGCAUGAAUCUGUAUCUGAUAUCACGAUGCUAAAUCUUCCUUUGAAGAGGAUGCUAAAUGCUUCCACUGUAUUUUGCGAUGCUAAAUCUUCCUUUGAAGAGGAUGAAAGACAUGACUCCGUGCGUGCGCAGCCACAGUGUUGUGCCAUUUUGUGUUUCGUAAAUCAGCUACCGUGUUUGCACAGACCGUUGGUUCUUGUCGGAUUCGACAUGGUGCCAGAAACUCAUUGUAGUUCAGCGAGUGUUUCUAAACUUGCGCUGUGUUCCGCGGAGGACCUUCCUUGCUUGGGGAAAUGUCAGUGAGAGCGAUUUACAACGGACGUGGGUAGCCUCUGCGCAGUUCUGCCGCCUCGCGCGCUUUCGGGGGGCGCGCUGUUUGGCAGCGGCCCCACCUGCUUUUAACGGUGGCGCCGGCCGGCCCCAGUUUGCCGGCGGCGCCUAGUCCAUGGCGACACGAAGGCCGAUAACGUUGCCGCCUGUCUUAGCCUCGGAGCGCCACGCCGGCAACCAUCUUGGGCCUCGUGCGAGUUUUGGCCGGCCGCGCGUAUUGGGGAAGUUGUUUUGUCGGAGACCGGCGGCAACUUCUUCCCCGAAGCGGGUGGCAAGAAGUGUCGACGCCAAGGGGGCCGGCGCGGGG